GUGCCACAAAUUUGUCCUAAUUUAAAGUUUGAAAGAGUGAUAUUUUAAAUUACUUGGAGCUAUAAUCUCUAUAUAUUGCCUUUCCCCAGUUGUAGUUUGGCACAACCAAAACAUUAAAACAAAGCUGAAUUAGAAAAUGAAGAAGCAAGCUGGUUCAAGUGUCUUCAUAAUUCUCCUUUGCGUUGUGUAUAUAUUCGCAAGUGUUAAAGCUCAAACUUGCAGGCCUAGUGGGACAAUAAGAGGGAAAAAUCCUCCUCCUGGGCAAUGCAACACUGAAAACGACUCUGACUGUUGUAAAGUUGGGAAGCUCUACACAACAUAUAAAUGUUCACCGCUCGUGUCGAGCCAUACGAAAGCAACGUUGACACUCAACAGCUUUCAGGCCGGUGGAGAUGGCGGCGGCCCGUCGGAAUGUGACAACCAAUACCACUCGGAUGAUGACCCUGUGGUGGCACUUUCAACCGGGUGGUUUAACGACAAAAAGAGGUGUUUGAAGUAUAUUAACAUUUAUGGUAAUGGAAGAAGUGUGAGGGCUAAAGUCGUCGACGAAUGUGAUUCUACGAUGGGAUGCGAUUCGGACCAUGAUUAUCAGCCUCCUUGCCCUAAUAACAUCGUUGAUGCCUCCAAAGCAGUUUGGAAGGCUCUUGGAGUUCCUGAAAGUGAUUGGGGGGGCAUGGAUAUCUACUGGUCGGACACCGAUUGAUCUCUUUA